CGUAUAUUCACAUUCAUUCACUUUCAAACUUUCGAACCGAGCGGUCCGCGAAUAUGCCACAUUUAAGGCUAGAAAUUAUAAAUUAAACGGGCAUCUGGUCAUCGCGGACGGAAAGAAAGAACUCGGAUCUUGUGCGGAUCAUAGAAAGCGGAGCGCUAGAACCGAAUGAAAAGACACGUAGUAGGCGAGCAAAUCAACUGUUAACCAGCCAGCGAAAAACGGGCGAAAAAGACUGAAAAACACACACGUGGAUUGUUCACUCACACACACCCACUCCUCCCACACUCAACACACACGAACGCAGCUCUAACUGUUCGCUGCAUUUAUGUAAAACAAAAUCAAAGACUGAUUAAAACGCUAAACAAAUAAAUAUAUACAAAAGCAUAUAUAAACGAAACAAAGUUAAACACGCGAACAGCAAGCUAAAAUAUUAUACGGGUUAAAAAGCGAAUUCCAAAGCAAAAACAAAAGUAAAUAUAUGGAUUAAGGUUCCUCCAAAACGCAAAACAAAAAUUAACAACAAAUACAACACUCACGGAUUACCUGCAGCAGCAAAUUUACCGUUAGCCGCUCUUUUUUGGAUUACCAGUGCCAAUCAAAUCAAAUAACAAAAAGAAAACAACCACUAAAAAGUGAAUUUUUUCGAAAGUGCGAAAGCAAAGAAAAGAAAAGCCAGCAAAAAUGCAAAAAUUCUAAAGCAACAAAGUAAAAGCGAAAAGCUACCCAAAGCGAAUUCUGUGUUAACAAAACUCGAACUCGACUCGAGAAGAGCUAAGGAACCGCGGGAGCAGGAAGCAGAGUCAGGAGCAAUGACGAUGGCCGCCUGUUAUGCCAACUACGACAUGUCGUCCCUAUCGCACGGCAUGUCGGCUCUGUCUGCCCUGCAGCAGCAGCAACAGCAGCAGCAGCAGCAGCAGCAGCAGCAACAGCAACACAGCCAGGUGCAGCAGCAGCAGCAGCAACACCAUCACCAGCAGCAGCAGCACAUGUACCACGCCGCCGUGGCUGCCCACCACGCCCGUCACAGCCAUGCGGCGGCGGCCCAAACGCAGGCCGCCGCCGCCGUUGCCAGCAACAGACAACAACAGCAACAGUCCGCCAGCAACAGCAAUAACAGCAAUGGCAACGGCGGAAAUGCUGCGCCUGCCGCUUCCCCGCAAAAGGACUACAGCAUCCCGCUGCACGUGGACUGCAGCGUGGAGUACGAGCUCCCCAACCAGCCCAAGCCGCCGGCAGGACAGCGCGUGGAGCCGCUGCUGAUGAUCCAUCCGUGCUACUUCCGCAAGAUGGAGUCGCAGCGCCGCAGUCCGUUCGUGAACAACAUGCAUGCCACGGCACGGUCCAUCAGCUCAAGCUCGCUGAGCAGUGGAGCGGCCCUGGGCGGUAGCGGCAGCGGAGCGGCGGUGGCCACAGCGCCCAGCAGUAGUGCGGCCAGGCGGGGAGCCCGUGCGGCGGCCUCCACUGCCCAGCAGCAGCAACAACAACAGGCGCAGCGCUAUCAGCAGCAGCAGCAGCAACUGCGGCAGCAGCACCAGCAAAUGUCCCAGAUGUCCCAGCAAGCUCACUAUCCCCAACAGCAGUCUAGUCUGGAGCAUGUGCGGCGGCAGCAGCAGCAGCAGCAACACCAGCAGCAGCAACAACAGCAGCAGCAACGUGCCAGCAGCAACCAAAGCCAACGUCAAAGCCAAAGUCAGAGCCAUGCGGCCAACUCGGCGGCUGCGGCAGCGGCGGUCCAGGCCCAGGCCCAAGCCUCCAUUGCCGCCGCGGCUGCCGGUCAGUGGGAUCAGCUGGCGGCGGCACUGGCCGCCCGCACCGCCCUCACGCCCCAUCACAUGCUGCACCCGCACAGUCACAGUCACAGCCAUUAUGCGGCCAAGGGCAGCGGUGGCGGCGGCGGCAAGCGGGACGCCAUGAUCUCCGGCAGCAACUAUGGACAGACGGCGGCUGCCUCAGGAAAACUGCAGCAGCAGCAGUCUCAGGUGCAGCAGCAGCAGCAUCAGCAGCAACAGCAGCAGCAGCAACAACAAUGCCUGCCCCCGCCGCCCUGGGAUGCGACGUCCAUGCUGAUGGACCGGUCGCCUAUGGCCACAGUUCCUAGCAAUUAUCAGGCCGGCCCUGACACCAAUCCCAUGCGCCUCUACUCGGCCACGCCCACAACGGGAGCGGCCACAGGCGGAACAGCGGCGACAGCGGCGGGUACGGGAGCAACGGUGACGGGAACGGCAUCGGGAACGGUUGCUGUGGCGAUACCGGGAGCGGUAACCACCGCCACGGACAAGCUGAGCGGCAAGUACCGGCAGUACCUGCGGUCCCAGAGAAUGCAUCCGUAUGCGGCGGCCGCCUCGCUCAACCUGGCAGCCGCUGCUGCUGCCGCCGGUCAGACGUCCUUUGUCCCGUUUAGCUCGGCGGCCACAGCGGUGGCGGCCACGCCCACAUUCCAGCACCUGCCGCAGAUCUCCUGCUACAACGUGUGAUGCAGUAGCAGCAGCACCAAGGACAACGGCAAUAGGAGCAGCAGCAGCAGCAGCAACAUGCAACAUGAGACACAGACGCCUACCAAGUACGCGUCGAUGAAAUAGCCGCCUCAAGGAAUAACCAAUAGAUCCUCCCCUAAGCAUUACUAUAUAUACACACCGCCCCCUCAAAGCUUUUAGAAUCAAAAACUAAUUAACUCUAACGACAUAUUAAGAGAUGGAAAAAAUUAACUGUUUAGCUGCUAUGAGAAAUUGUUGUCGGAAGGCUAGAAGGCGAGAAAGCGAGAGAAAAAGAGGAAAACGAGCGAUCUUUUUUCUUUUUUUAUGUAAUGGUAGUAAUUGAUAAACGAUACAAAAAGAAACAACAAAAAAAUGCAAACUAUUGUAGUGAUAUUUGUUAUAAAAUAAUUUUAGUAAUUAAUUUAAUUUAAAUUAAACAACCAACCAGAAACAACAACCGCUCUGUGUAAAACCAACAACCAUAAACAAUGGCAACAAGUACAUCCGACAACCAAACCAACCAAUUGCUAAAAACUACACAUACGCAUAUUUAAUUAAACAAAUCAAACAAAAUGUUAUAACAAACCAUUUAAGAAAGAAUACGAAAAUAUGAAAAGCAACAAAUUAUUACCGAAUGAAUAAGACAAGACAGACGACGGGACAGACAAAUAGAGAGAGAGAAAAACAGAAAAAAGCGUAAAGCAACACAAAAAAUACGAAUAAAAAUUAUUCAAAAUUAUGCAACGUAAUUUGAAGCGAGAUAUGCAAAAAAUUAA